AUGACUGCUAGGAUUUUUGAUGUUGAUCAGACGGGAAACGUGCUUUGCUCGUAUGACCAUGGCGACCGUGUUGACGACAAUUCGGACGGUUCUAUGAAGAUAGAGAGAACACAUGUGCCCUUGAUCAAGGCAAUCUUUUACGCAUUCCUUCCCGCCGGCUUUCCGCACACGGUCACCGAAGACUACCUCCACUACCAGAUUUACGACUCCCUCCAGGCCUUCUCCUCAUCCAUCGCCUCUCUCCUAGCCAAUCGCGCUGUGCUCGAGGGUCUGGGUGUUGGCGAUGCGUCGCAGUCCCCUACGGCCGCCCUGGUCUUGAAGAUCAUACAAGAUACCAUCUCGCGCCUGGCCACGAUCAUGUUCGCACAUCGGAUGGGUACUGCCAUCGAGCCCGAAUGCAAGUCGUAUCGAUUCUUGGCCGAUAUCUUCAACGAUGCUGCCCAGAUUCUUGACCUGCUUGUGCCCGUUCUUCCUCUGUUGCCUAAAGUCUCGGUUCUGGUAACAUCGGGAUGUCUGCGCUCACUCUGUGGUGUUGCGGCUGGUGCCAGCAAGGCCAGCUUGUCCGCCCAUUUUGCCAAGACGGGCAAUCUGGCAGAGCUCAACGCCAAGGAGGCCAGUCAAGAGACAGUCGUCAGCCUGGUCGGCAUGUUGACCGGGACAGCCGUCGUCCAUAUGGUGGAGGACAAGACGGCCGUGUGGUGCUGGAUGAUUGUGCUGAUCUGCAUGCACCUCAUGAUGAACUAUCGUGCCGUCCGCAACGUCCGCAUGCUCACACUCAAUCGUCAGCGCGCAACAAUUGUCUUUCGCGAAUUCCUCGAGACGGGCAAGGUUUUGACCCCAGCCCAAUGUGCCGCCCGUGAGAGUAUCCUGCUCAACAGUCGCGGCAACAUGAGCAGCAAGAGUGGUGAUUACAAGGGAUUUUGUCAGUUUGCCAGCUAUGGCGACGUAAUGAACUGGCGACCAUGGGGCUACCACCGCUACGACUUUGAGACAGAUGACUACUUUAUGGGCAUCUAUCACUGGAGGUCAACAUUUUACAUCCGCAUCGCAAUGAAGGAGACCAGCCGGGAGGGUCGGGCUAAUGGCCCGCUGCUGGCUUGGUUCGACGCUGUUGCGCAUGCGUACCACUUUGACUCGGCUCUGAAGGAUGGCCUCGGUAGCCAUACGGAACAUGCUGGCCCUGCCGGCUACAUCUCACCAGAGACCAAGGAGACAGUCCUUAAAGCUUUGACUGCUGCUGGCUGGGAUAUUUACGACGGACAGCUCGAGAUUAGAAGUCCCGUGCGCGUGCGCAUUGCCGACGCUGGGAAGAAGGGCAUGUAA